UGACUCCGUGAGCAUGCAAGAACCGUCUGCUGCUGCUGCGUGAUAUAUAUAGUGCGAAUAUAUAUGUGUGUGUGCUAUAUACACGCGAAUGUAGGCGAGCUGACUGAUUCCCGCAGUCGCCGCGAGUUCAGUGGUUGAUGCUACUUUGCUCGCAGUGUGUCCUACUACCCGUCUUCUGCACCAUCGACUGCAUCCUAUAUACCUAUCGUGUUCACAUACACAUAAGGCAGUGGGCAUAUCUUACGCAUAUAGAUAGUAGACUCUACCCGUCAGUAUAAGACGCUCCUUUCGCGGCACUCGCAUUAAGACCAUGUCAGCUCUGCCGCGAAACGUCAGUAUCUUGCCUCCCCGUGGUAAUUGAAAAACACCCAUACAUGUAAUUUCAUAUCGAGUGCAAACCGUGCUGUUGUUUUCCUCCGUGUGUGCGUGUGUGUGUGAUUGUACUUGCUCACUGUGUCUGUGUCUCUUUCUUCCUCUCGCGCUCGUUCCUGUGUUGCCAGCGUGAUAAUACGCGAGAGAGAGAGAGAGAGAGAAAGAGAGAGAGAGAAAAAAAUAGAAGAGCCGCGAGAUUUAUUUCUGUUGAACGACUCGGAACAGCUUCAGGAGGAGAAUGGCCGAAUUGAGAAAAAGAAACGUGCCCGAGGCGGCUGCAACUACUGCGGCAGCUACCAAGGACGAAGAUCAGAAAGAAGAUGUUGAGUCUGAAGAUGACGCCAAACUUGAUGUUGAUGAGCUUGCAAAAACUCUACCACAAGGAACAGAUCAUACCCCGGAGCUACUUGGUUCAGCUCUUUCUGGCUUACCCGACCGCUGGAAAAAUUGGGUUAUUCGAGGUAUUUUCACCUUCUUGAUGAUAGGAACUUUUUGUUUGAUCAUUUAUGGAGGACCCCUGGCGCUGAUGGCUACGGUAUUAAUUGUACAAGUAAAAUGUUUUGAAGAAAUUAUCAAUAUUGGAUAUGCAGUCUACAGAAUUCAUGGUCUACCAUGGUUUCGUUCAUUAUCUUGGUACUUCCUGAUCACUUCUAACUACUUUUUCUAUGGAGAAAAUCUAAUGGAUUAUUUUGCUGUAGUUAUAAAUAGAAUGGAGUAUUUACGAUUCCUUGUGACUUAUCACAGAUUUGUAUCAUUCUGUUUAUAUAUUAUUGGAUUUGUUUGGUUUGUCCUAUCUCUGGUCAAAAAAUAUUACAUGAAGCAAUUUUCUCUAUUUGCAUGGACUCAUGUUGCCCUUUUAAUAGUUGUCACACAGAGUUAUUUGAUAAUUCAAAAUAUUUUUGAAGGUUUAAUAUGGUUUAUUGUGCCUGUGAGCAUGAUAGUUAUCAAUGAUGUUAUGGCUUAUGUUUUUGGAUUCUUUUUUGGCAGGACACCUCUGAUAAAAUUAUCUCCCAAAAAAACUUGGGAAGGAUUUAUAGGUGGUGGAUUUUCAACUGUUGGACUUGGUUUAUUGAUGUCAUAUGCUAUGUGUCAGUAUCGGUACUUUGUUUGUCCAAUUGAAUAUAAUGAGGCUCUAGGAAGGAUGUCAAUGGACUGUGAACCAUCUUAUUUAUUCAAGCCCCAAGAAUAUACUUUACCAACAUUUUUGCAAUUCAUGCCUUCCAUAUUUAAAUGGAAGAAUACUAUAACAAUGUAUCCAUUCAUGUUACAUUCCUUAUCAAUGUCGAUAUUUAGUUCAGUUAUUGGACCAUUCGGUGGUUUCUUUGCGAGUGGUUUUAAGAGGGCAUUCAAAAUCAAAGAUUUUGGUGACGUCAUUCCAGGUCAUGGUGGUAUAAUGGAUAGAUUUGAUUGUCAAUAUUUAAUGGCAACUUUUGUUAAUGUCUACAUUACUUCUUUCAUUCACACAGCUUCUCCACAAAAGUUAUUGCAACAGGUUUUCAAUUUAAAACCUGAGCAACAAUUACAAUUAUUCCAAACAUUGCAAGAUUCCUUACAAAAUAGAGGACUUUUAAAUGCUUCCUAAACUAUUUAAAAUAGUUUUAAAUGUCAAGAUUUUGCAAUCAUGAUCAUUGAAAAAUGUAAUGAUCAAUUGAACAUCAACAACUGUUCUUUUUUUUGUGUAAAAUCUUCUACGAUCAAGUCUUGUAAAUUUUUAAUAUUACUUUGUAACUAAUAAGCGCAUAAAUUCAACAUUAUUUAUAUUGAUCAUUCUAUAUAUUUUAUAACUUGAAUUUUUGUAGUUAAUUCAGCUAAUCUACCCAUGAAUCUGUAGAUUUUAUUGAAUUAAUUGCGCCGUAAAAAUUCAAGCGAGUCAGAAGUUAUUGUUUCGUUUAAUUUGUUGUUAUUUUUCUAAGAAGUAGAUUUAAAAAGUCAUUAGAUUUCAGAUUUAUUUUUGCAUUUAACUUUUUUUAAAAACAUGCAAUAUUUUCGUCUGAUUAGGUUUUAGUGCAUAUCAUGCCAGAAAAUUUUAGUUUUGUUAAAAAUUAUUCACCGUUUUAAGUUAGGUUUUCAUCUUUAUGUACGUAAUUUUGUGAAGUAAAAUCAAUAUGUAUUAGUGUCGAUAGAUUGAAGUUUAUAGAUCUCUGUACUUCAAUGUACUAAAUAUUUAUUUCUUUGCAUUUAUCAACUGACAUGUAUAAAAACAAAUCUGUCAAACCAGUGGCAAUUAAAAAAUUGUAAGCGAUAGAAUUUUAUGUCUAUAUGUGAGUCCUGUAGAAAUCUCGUUUUAAGAUUAAUCGCGCGAUAUAAUGCUUUUAAAAAAUGGUAAAAAAUAUUUUUAUCGUUAAUAUAAACGAUUAAUAUAUAUUUUUUAUUUCAUGAAAGUUUUCCCAAACUAUUACUAAUUAUAACCGUAAAUAUAAUAGACAAACAGGAAAAUAAUCAUGACAAAAAUCGUAUACAAAAGAUAACUAAAAAAAUAAUAAUAUGCUGAUAGAAAAAAUACCAAAAUUUAUGGUUCUGUAAAAUAUUGAACUUUUAAACUCGGUAAAAAAAGAACAAUCUCAAACCAAACAAAUACACACAGUGAUAAUAAACAAAAUAUAUUCAUAUAGAUUGCAAGGUAUGUAAUAUGUGUGAAAAAUGUCUUCUUUAUUAAUGAAAAAAUUUAAGGUGUCAAGCUAGUAAUUCAGUGUGCUUACACUUAGAAAGCUCUUUCUACUUGUAUGAAUAUUUUGUUAUGUUUUAUGUUUAUAAAAAUGUAUAUGAAUACACAUUAUGUGAACAAAUGAACACGGAUUAAAUGAAUGUUUUACCAUUGUUAAUUGGUUUACGUUUACGACGUUUGAAUAUAUGCGUGCGUUAUGUAGAAAAUAAUAAGUUACAAUUAUUUAAAAGAAUGGAUGGAAAUUGAGAGUAUGAGUUGAUAUUGAAUGAAAUAUUGCGAUCAGAUUAUGUUACAUACAGAAUAAAAAGUUUAUGAAUUAUCAGAUUGUUGUGAACAUCUGUAUAUUUUGAUGUGAUGGUAUAUUCAGUUAUCAGUUAUAUAAAAAUAAAUCAUAAAUUCUAUAUUAUAUCGAUUUAUUUAUAUGUGUAGUGACAAAAACAAUUUGGAAUAAAGACCCGCAAAUCGAA